CCUCCUCUUGCUGUCCUUUUCUCUCUUUCACACUCCCCAACUCCUCCUUCUGCCUCCGCUUUCUCCAAUUGUCAUCCCCGGAUAGGCCCGGCACGAGUGUCCAUCACCUCCCCCAAAACACCCCCUCCUUUAAAAAAAUAUAAUCCUUUCAUUCAAUUGAACUUGGGCAAAGUUUUGUAAGAGGUGGAGAAAGGGGGGACGGAGGCAUAAAAUCCAUGGGGGAGACUGGGCUGAGCGGAGCAAAGACGUCUCUGAGGCUGGAAACCACCAUGGCGGUCUUCUCCUCAUGAAGCUUGCCUUUUGGACCCCCAAACUUGGCACCUGAGGACCCCGUCUAUCACCCAAGAAAAGGAGGAAGAAGUCAAGAAAGUGUUGGAGAAGACAAGGGACCACGUUGUUUUGUGUCGUGGAAAGAGACCCAUCAACGUCAACUCCACCUGCUUUGCUCUUCAACCUGUUUCCCAGGAUCAAGGUCCCCCAACAGAAAUGAUCUUCUGACCGUCCUCUUGCAAGGACAAGAAAGAUCCACCAUAAUCAGACUAAGCCUUUUUAUCCUGAAAGCGAUCAAGAAAGAAGAAGAAUCAGGAAAAUAAGAUUUUGACGGCAAACAGAAGAUGACCUCUUCAACCAAGGUGUACUACAGCCAGACCACGCAGACCGAUAGCCGGCCCCUGAUUGGCUCCACCCUGAGGAAGAGGCGGGUCAUGACCAAGGAUGGGCGGAGUAAUGUCCGGAUGGAGCACAUCGCGGACAAGCGGUUCCUCUACCUGAAGGACCUGUGGACCACCUUCAUCGACAUGCAAUGGCGCUACAAGCUCCUCCUGUUUUCGGCCUCUUUUGCUGGGACUUGGUUCAUCUUUGGGGUCAUCUGGUACCUGGUGGCCGUCCUCCACGGAGACCUGCUGGAGUUCGACCCUCCGGCCAACCACACGCCUUGCGUCAUGCAGGUGCACACCUUGACUGGGGCCUUCCUCUUCUCCCUGGAGUCCCAGACCACCAUUGGCUACGGCUUCCGCUACAUCAGCGAGGAGUGCCCCUUGGCCAUCGUCCUGCUCAUCAGCCAGCUGGUCCUCACCACCAUCAUGGAGAUCUUCAUCACCGGCACCUUCCUGGCCAAGAUCGCCCGGCCCAAGAAGCGAGCCGAGACCAUCAAGUUCAGCCAGAGCGCGGUGGUGGCCCAACACAACGGCAAGACCUGCUUGAUGAUCCGGGUGGCCAACAUGCGCAAGAGUCUCCUCAUCGGGUGCCAGGUGACGGGCAAGCUUCUCCAGACCUACCUCACCAAGGAAGGGGAGAAUGUCCGGCUCAACCAGGUCAACGUGGACUUCCAGGUGGACACUUCGUCCGACAGUCCUUUCCUGAUCCUUCCGUUGACCUUCUACCACGUGGUGAACGAACACAGCCCUUUCCGAGACCUGGCCCUGCGCACGGGAGAAGGCGACUUUGAGCUGGUGGUCAUCCUCAGCGGCACCGUGGAAUCCACCAGCGCCACCUGCCAAGUGCGGACCUCCUACCUCCCCGAGGAGAUCCUCUGGGGCUACGAGUUCACCCCGGUCAUCUCGCUCUCGGCCAGCGGGAAGUACGUCGCCGAUUUCAGCCUCUUUGAACAAGUGGUCAAAGUCUCCCCGCCUUGCUGUCUCCAUGAAACCGUCCGGUUCGGUGACCCCGAGAAGUUGAAACUCGAGGAAUCCUUUCGAGAGAAAGCCGAAGGCACGGCGUUGAGCGUCCGCAUCAGCAACGUUUGAUCCCUCAAAGGACUUGGCCAGCCAACGUGUCAGGAGCAUUGCCUUAAAAGUCUUCCCUAGAUCCUAGAUGUCCUUCACGCCUCUCCCUUGUAGUGUUCCUUCUGUCCUGAAAAAUCUCUCUCAAAAAAAGAACCAGACUGAGAAAUCCGUUCAUCUCUAUAGGAUCCUCUUCCAGGGAAUGUACAGUAGAGUCUCACUUAUAAUAAUAAUAAUAAUAAUAAUAAUAAUAAUAAUAAUAAUAAUAAUAAUAAUAAUAAUCUAUAUAUAUAAAAGGGUAAUGAAAUUUCAGCCUAGGACAAAACAACAAAACUACACACCCCAGAAACACUAAACUUGGCAGCACAACCCCUCAUCCAUGCCUCUAAUGUUCAUACAACAAAAAGAAAAGAAAAAUAAAGUCCUAAUUAGAGGGAGAUGAAUAAUUGUUUUUAUCCAAUUUCUGCCAGUUAGAAGGCUAAGCUCCACCCACUAGGUCUCCUAGCAACCCACUCAGCCCAGGGCCACUUCAAUCAGGCCUCUUCCACACUGCCUAUAAAAUACAGAUUAUCUAAUUUCAAUUGGAUUAUAUGGCAGUGUAGACUCAAGAUGAACACCAACCCCAACAGUCAGACACGACUGGACUUAAUGUCAGGGGAAAACCUUUACCCUUUACCUUAACUACCACCAAUUCCUCAAUACUUUAUUUCCCAUACCACCAGACUUUGCCACAGCAACACGUGGCCGGGCACAGCUAAUAAUAAUAAUAAUAAUAAUAAUAAUAAUAAUAAUAAUAAUAAUAAUAAUAAUAAUAAGUUUAUUUAUAUCCCGCCUCCAUCUCCCCCGAAGGGGACUCGGGGCGGCUUACAGCAAAAUCAAAACACAAGCAAUGAUAAAAUAUAAAACAUCAAAGGACAAAAACAAAAACCAACAUAAACAUAAACUUAUCCAACAUAAACGGGCCGGCAGAACGUUGGAUAAGCGAAUAUGUUGUAUAAUAAGGAGGCAUUAAGGAAAAGCCUAUUAAACAUCAAAUUAGGUUAUUAUUUUACAAAUUAGGCAUCAAAACAUCAUGUUAGACAACAAAUUUGACAGAAAAAGCAGUUCAAUAAUGCUAUGUAGUAUUUACUGUAUUUACAAAUUUAGCACCAAAAUAUCACAAUGUAUUGAAAACAUUGACUACAAAAAUGCGUUGGAUAAUCCAGAACGUUGGAUAAGCAAGUGUUGGAUAAGUGAGACUCUACUGUAGUUGUUCCUUUCCCUCCUGACAAAGCAGCUCUUAGUUACUCCAGAAUGAAAAGUCAUCCAACUGCUGGAAGUAUUUUUUUUUCAUGUGUUGUUUUUAUCAAAUGCACACCACUCUGGAAAGCACCAGCUCAUCUGAUUCCGAAAGGCAGCUGAACCCACACCAGCAAGAAGUCACCCAACUUGGAGAAAAGAAAUUGCAUUGUCCGAACUGAGUUUUCAAUAAAUAUUAGGAGGUUUGGUUGUUCCUUGCCUUGGCACUCUUGCCAGGAGUCUUGAUUCUAAGCCUGAAAAAUUAUUGAUGAUCAAUUGCCAAGUGUCAUGAUCUCCAAUCUUAUGACAUCUCUGGGCACAGAGCAAGCGCUGACAAAGAACAGAUUCCAGCCAUAAAACUGGCCAGCCAUAAAACCUCUGGUAUGUGAGAGCCCCUAUAUAAAUGGGCUACAGAGAAGAUUCUGGUAUUCCAUACAAAAUGUGAGGUUCUCUUCUUCCUGUAGUGCUGUGGGUUAAGUCCUCCAGAAGAAAGCACCAAAACACACCCUGGGUAAAUUCAAACAGGUUUAUUGUAUGGAAUACCAGAAUCUUCUCUGUAGCCCAUUUAUAUAGGGGCUCUCACAUACCAGAGGGUAAUUGAGGUUUUAUGGCUGGCACAAGACACACGCUGGUAGAUUCCAACAGGUUUUAUUGUACAGAAUAUCAGAAUCUUCUCUGUAGCCCAUUUAUAUAGGGGCUCUCACAUACCAGAGGGUAAUUGAGGUUUUAUGGCUGGCCAGUUUUAUGGCUGGCAUCUGUUCUUUGUCAGCGCUUGCUCUGUGUCCGGAGAUGUCAUAAGAUCGGAGAUCAUGACACCAAGAAAAGACUGCCGAUGCCACUAAAGUGGAGGCCAAACCCUGUGAAUGACCAGAUUGAAACCUGCUUGUCCGCUGGCUCUGGUGAAAAUUCAUUUGGAGUCACAAACGGAACAAAACUAGAAACGCUAAGCUUGGGCCAGACUCAAAAACAUUUGGCUCCGCAAAGAGGGAGUUCCUAAUUUAUCUUUCCCGUUCCCAAAUAGGCACUUUAAUUAUCUUAUAAAAUGCUUUCAACGCACCCCAGUACUUUAUAGGAGUUCAGAAGUAGAUUUAGAAAAGCACAUUGGUGGCACACGAACAAUGGUGGCAUGACCUCUUGAAAGUUAGUUGCUCCUGUUUUGAAAACUGAACCCGCACUAAGCACAGAGUUGGAAAUCCUUAUUUUGCAAAAAUUAACAGACUUGUCUCGAACCUGGAAGCUAAAGAGAAGGCUGGGCGGAUCCAAAACUUUCCCUUGUUAACUGGUCAACGUGGUCCCUGGUCAAAAAAAAGGUUGGGAACCACUGUUGUAGACAAAACUGAUAAUGGACAUAAGAACAGGUGAAGCAGACUUUGAGACAAGGCCAACCAUGAGAUUCUUGAACGGUGUUGAAAUGUAUUAACGCCAGAUUGUUUUUUGAAAAUUUCGGGGCUCGCCAAAUGACUUUGUAUAUGUACAUCUAUGCAGUUAAUGUGCCUUAUUGUGGUUUGAGGAGGGCAAGGGAAGUACUUUCCCAUGCUUUAGGAAUUAUAGGAUUUGAAAUCCAAAACAUUUGGAGGGCCGAAGUUUGCCCAGGCCUGGUCUAGACUGUAAAAAUAAUGCAGUUUAACUGCCAUGGAAUCCUGAGAGUUUUAACUUCACAAGGUCUUUCGCCUUCUCUGCUCAAGUGCUGGUGCCGCACCGAACUACAACUCCCAGGAUUCCAUAGCAUCGAGCCAUGGCAGUGAAAGUGGUGCGAAACUGCAUUCGUCAACAAUGUAGACGCAGCCCAUGUGUGCCGAUAGGAUUUACAGUUUGGAUAAUCAUUGGCUCAGGUUUGAGAGCGACAAAGUACAAAGGGAAGGAGGUUGAAAGAGAGAAAGGAAGUAUCUAUUAAACUAUAUGAAACUAUUUAUUAGACAUGUCCAAAAAAAUCGUUUUGAAUCGUAUAUCGGAAUUAUUUCGGAUUGUUCUCGCUCUUUGAUACGCAUUCCGAGACAUUGUCUCACAGCGUAACCAGCAAUGUUAUUCGAACCAUUGUUGGCCCAUUCUCUAAUUGUCUCUUAAUGUUUCAUUAAUUUUCCCCCCAAAUUUUUUUAAUAUAUUUUUUAAAAUAUUUUUUAAAAAAUUGUUUCUGCAACCUACCUAGAAUGGGAGCUUAGUGCAGCCUAACAUGGCUGCCACUCCCCGGCCAAUCAGAAGCUUCCAUGAUGGACGCAAAGGUGGGGGCUAACGUCCUCUGCGUCUACAUGGAAGAUUGCCAUACAAGCCCGGUGUGUAGCGAUUGCGCAUGUGUGUCCGCCAUUUUAGAAACAUUAAGAAUCAUUACGAAUUUUCGGAAAUAUCCGAAAUUUUUGGGUGAAAAAAUCGGAAAUACUUUCUAUAUCGAAGCGCCAGCACCCCCUACUUUAGAAACGAGAAUUGAAACAUUUUUUUCAUCGAUCGGACAUGCCUAGUGCCAAUGGGAUUUUCAGUUUGGAUAAUCAUUGGCUUGGGUUUGAGAGAGACAAAAUACAAAGGGAAGGAGGUUGAAAGAGAGAAAGGAAGUAUCUAUUAAACUAUAUGAAACUAUUUAUAUAAACGAGAUAUAUAUUGCUAUUUGUACAGAGAGGAAGACCAAGAGAGGAGACGCAAUGGAGCCACUUUGCACUUUGCGGCAACCGGUGGAAGGACGGAUGCAAAACAAUGCUAUUGAAGCCAAAAGGGAACCGCUUUUGCAGUUUUGUACAAAAAAUGGUGUUUAACCCAUAGGAAUGCUUAGGAUGAUGGCAUCGCGACAGGUUCCAUGAACCCAGUUACAAAGGACCCCCCCUAUAUAAUGAUUGAUGUCUAUAGAUCAAAGUAACCAAGGCAGAUCUACAUGUACACUUAGCGCAGUUUGAUACCACUCGAUCUGCCAUGGCUCAAUGGUACGGAAUCUCGGGAGUUGUCGUUCCGAAAAGUCAGACUCUUUGGCCUUUUCUGCCAAAAAGUGCCAAACGACAAUUCCCAGGAUUUCAUCGCAUUGAGCCAUGGCAGUCAAAGUGGCACCAAACUGCAUUAAUUCUACAGUGUAGAUGCCUCCCAGGAGAAGAAGAGAAACUUGGGACACUCUCAAAGUAAGCGAGGCUUCAUUUACACUGCCAUUAUGAUGCAGAUUGAACUGGAUUACCGUAUAUACUCGAGUAUAAGCCGACCCGGAUAUAAGCCGAGGCACCUAAUUUUUUCCACAAAAACUGGGGAAACUUAUUGACUCGAGUGUAAGACGAGGGUGGGAAAUGCAGCAGCUAUUAGUAAAUUUCAAAAAUAAAAAAAUCAUAAUAAAUUAAUAAAAUUACAUUACAGUAGAGUCUCACUUAUUCAAGCUAAACGGGCCGGCAGAAGCUUGGAUAAGCGAAUAUCUUGGAUAAUAAGGAGGGAUUAAGGAAAAGCCUAUUCAACAUCAAAUCAGGUUAUGAUUUUAUAAAUUAAGCACCAAAACAUCAUGUUAUACAACAAAUUUGACAGGAAAAGUAGUUCAAUCCGCAGUAAUGCUAGGUAGUAAUUACUGUAUUUAUGAAUUUAGCACCAAAAUAUCACGAUAUAUUGAAAACAUUGACUACAAAAAUGCAUUGGAUAAUCCAGAACGUUGGAUAAGUGAGACUCUACUGUAUAUGGUAGUGUAGAUCCAGUUUGAGGCCCUUUCUACACUGCCAUAUCAUCUGGAUUCUCAAAUCAGAUAAUGCAGAUGAUCUGCUUCGAACUUGAUUAUAUGUGUCUACACUGCCAUAUAAUCCAGUUCAAAGCAGAUGGUCGGGACUCAGAAACUGGGUUAUAUAGCAGUGUAUAUUGAGCCUGAGACCUGAAUAUCAUCCGGAUUAUCAAAUCUGAUAAUCCAGAUUAUCUGUUUUGAACUGAAUUAUAUAUGUCUACACUGCCAUAUAAUCCAGUUCAAAGCAGAUAAUCUGGAUUUUAUAUGGCAGUGUAGAAGGGGCCAGAGUCUAAACUAACCAUAUAAUGCAGUUCAAUCUGCAUCAAAUUACCAGUGUAGACAGGGCCUGAGAAAGCGGAGGCUUAAUUUGGAACGUUGGGAAAGUUUGCUGACAUAUUUUGUACCUUCUGUUCGGGUAAAAUGGUUUUUAUUAAGAGAGAGAAAAGUUGUGCAUUUUAGUCUCAACCUGUAAUUUGUAUUAAAAGAAAAAAGGUGGGAUUGAUAGCCCAAACUUGCUAGCUAAAGAUAAGAAUUUCUUCAGCCAUUGGACAACGUCAACCUUUUCUUGGAUAUUGGACCUGAUCCCGAAAUGCCCAUCAAACUGAACACAAAGGCCUGAUCAUGGGAACAGAACGGCGUGUGACCUUGAUCCUCGUACGAUGAAAAAUGAUAAAUAUGUACUGUACUUCAUUCUUUUUUUCUUUGUGUUUAUCCACUGGAGAAGAUUUUGCACUAAAAUAAAAGUGUGAUUUGGGGGGGGGGGGGGCGUGGAACUGAAAGGGAGCGAUGUCUUUUCUUCCGUUUAGAACAAUGACACUAAAAUAAAAAGGAAUAUAUCAGAUUUUA